AUGAUGCUUUCUGGCUUUGAUGACCCUCGGCUCGACUGGACAGACGAAUUCUUCAAAGUUGCAAGACCUGUUUGCCCUCUACUCGUUCGGCUCCAGCCGAGGCCAAGCAACGAAGACCUUCUAAUCGAAUUUGCUUUCCAAAAUAAAAGUCGAUUUGGUCUAAAUUAUUCAGGCACUAGUCGAGAAAUGGUUCUUCGUCAUGACAACAAAAUCCUGGCUCAUCUGCCUCGGCAUUCAAAUGCCAGCAUGCCAGCGUUGCCUAUUCCACUUGACUAUGAAUCCCAAAAAAGGCUCCCUUUUGCCAGCGGCAAAGCAUAG